CAAAACCAGAGAAGAUCACUUAAAACUUAAAAAAAAAAAAAAAAAAAAAAAAAAACUAUUCUGUUUCUGUUUCUAAUCCCAAUAAAAAGAAGACUUUUUAACUUCACAUUCUCUAUCCAUUUUCUCAUUCUUUUUACCACCUUUUCAAUGGCAAGUCUUGGAGACAUUGGUGUGUCUGCUUUGAUCAAUAUUAUCAGUGCUUUUGCAUUCUUGUUGGCUUUUGCAAUUCUCAGAAUUCAACCAGUUAAUGACAGAGUUUACUUCCCCAAAUGGUACAUUAAUGGUGCUAGAACCAGCCCAAGACACACCAGGAAUUUUGUUGGGAAUAUUGUUAAUCUCAAUUUCUUUACUUAUCUUACUUUCCUUAAUUGGAUGCCUCAAGCUAUGAAGAUGAAGGAGCCUGAGAUCAUUGAACAUGCUGGCCUUGAUUCUGCUGUUUUCUUGAGGAUUUAUGUUCUUGGGUUAAAGAUUUUCGGACCAAUCACUCUUGUCGCACUCUUGUUUCUAGUUCCAGUCAACGUCUCGGGUGGGACUUUGUUUUUUCUCAGCAAAGAAUUGGUGGUCAGUGACAUUGACAAGCUUUCAAUAUCAAACAUUCAACCUAAAUCUCUGAAAUUUUUUGCACAUAUUUCAAUGAUGUAUGCUUUCACAUGUUGGAUCUGCUACAUGCUGUACAAGGAGUAUGAUACGGUUUCAUCGAUGAGAAUGAGCUUUAUAGCGUCAAAACAUAGGCGAGCAGAGCAAUUUACGGUUCUGGUCCGGAACAUGCCUCAUGGGUCGAGCCAGUCUGUAUCCGAAAGUGUGGACAGCUUCUUUAAAAAGAAUCACGCAAAUCACUACUUGUGUCACCAGGUUGUCUACAAUGCAAACAGGUUUGGUAGGCUCGUUAACAGAAGACAUCGACUGCAAAAUUGGUUAGACUACAACCAGCUUAAGUUUGAAAGACAUCCUGAAAAACGGCCAACCUUAAGGACGGGAUUUCUUGGACUUUGGGGGAAAAAGGUUGAUUCCAUUGAAUACUACAAACAACAAGUUAAAGAGUUUGACCAAUAUUUGUCAAUGGAGCGCCAGAAAGUCCUAAAAGAUCCAAAAUGUAUAAUGCCAGCUGCAUUUGUAUCAUUCAACUCUCGUUGGGGGGCGGCUGUGUGCGCACAAACACAACAAAGCAAGAACCCGACUCUUUGGUUAACAAACUGGGCCCCGGAACCUCGUGAUGUUUACUGGAAAAAUCUAGCUAUACCCUUUUUUUCUUUAAGCAUCAGAAAACUAGUUAUAUCAUUAACGGUCUUUGCACUAGUAUUCUUCUACAUGAUACCAAUCGCAUUCGUUCAAUCGCUUGCAAAUCUUGAAGGUCUUGAAAGAGUAGCUCCUUUUCUCAGGCCUGUAAUUGAGUUGAAAUUUAUAAAGUCUUUCCUUCAGGGUUUUCUUCCUGGUUUUGCUUUGAAGUUUUUUCUGUACAUUCUUCCUUCUGUUCUUAUGGUUAUGUCAAAAGUCGAAGGGCAUGUGGCGUUUUCGGUUUUGGAGAGGCGAACGGCUGCAAAAUACUAUUAUUUCAUGCUGGUGAAUGUGUUUUUAGGGAGUAUUAUAACCGGAACCGCGUUUGAACAACUUGAUUCUUUCCUUCACCAAUCCCCUACACAGAUACCAAGGACCAUUGGUGUAUCCAUUCCUAUGAAAGCUACUUUCUUUAUUACUUAUAUAAUGGUUGAUGGGUGGGCUGGAAUUGCUGCUGAGAUUCUUCGGUUAAAGCCAUUGGUGAUAUAUCAUCUCAAGAAUAUGUUUAUUGUAAAAACGGAACGUGAUAGAGAAAAGGCGAUGGACCCUGGGAGUGUGGAUCUUCCUGAAACUAUCCCUUCUCUUCAGUUAUACUUCUUAAUGGGGAUCGUGUAUGCUGUUGUUACUCCGAUUCUUCUUCCUUUUAUCCUCGGCUUUUUUGCUUUUGCUUACUUCGUUUACCGCCAUCAGAUAAUCAAUGUGUAUAAUCAACGAUACGAGAGCGCUGCUGCAUUUUGGCCACAUGUUCAUAGCCGAAUAAUUGCAAGCUUAUUGAUAUCUCAGUUGCUUUUGCUGGGACUGCUCAGCACAAAAAAGGCUGCAAAUUCGACUCCACUGCUUGUCGCGUUACCCAUUUUGACCCUAACAUUCCACAAAUAUUGCAAAAACCGAUUUGAGCCUGCUUUCCGAGAAUACCCUCUCGAGGAAGCCAUGGAAAAGGAUACACAAGACAAAACUUCCGAACCCGAACUCAACCUCAGGUCUUACUUGGCCGACGCGUACUUGCACCCGAUAUUUCAUUCUUUUGAAGAAGUGGAUUUGGUAGAGGUCAAAGUCGACAAGAACCCGGAUACCAUCCCAAGUCAACCAACAACCCCAGAUCAUAUCCCAAGUCAACCCGCAACACCAGAUCGCAUCCCGAGCCAACCAGAAACCAAGCCCGCUUCUCGUUCCCAUUCCCCUUCUCCUUCACAUGACUUACAUCAACAAGAACAUGAAGAAUCUGCAACAGUUCAGCACUAUGAAUUCGGACCUCCGGCUAAUGUUUAUCAUUAUGGAUAUGAACACCAUGAGAACAUAUUUCACUAUAAUAUGGAUCUCUAUGAAGCAACACAACACGAUGCGCAGGACUAUGUUGUGGAGUCACCACGCGGUUACUAUCAUUAUUGAGUUCAAGCUCGAGCUCGAGCCUGAGGCCCGGUCAACUUGGGUAUGUUUACUUGCAUUAAAUGCUAACCAGUUUUACAAGAUAGUGCUGUGAAUAUUAAUGGUUGAUAGAUUUAAUUGAUGUAUGGGUUUGUUCAUAUGACCUGUCUUGGUUCAUCUUGUUGGAGUGAAAUCAAAACAACAAAUAUUAGACAAAACAAACUCAACACUUGAUUAUGUAUUAAACUUAUAUGCUAUAGGGUAUGCUCCAUUUAUGUUAAA